UAAAAGAGUCUAUAAGCAAAAUGAUUCUGAAACUUGUGAUUUUUAUCAUUUUUGCGAAUUUAAACUCAAGCCUCGGUCAGGUUUUAAGUUGUAGUUACAGGAUUGACAAUAAUGGUUAUACUUGUGAUUUAACGAUUCAAAAUCCAAAUGGAUUGAAUAAUUUUGGAUCAAUUGGAGGAACUCAUUUGUCUGGAAGGACUGAUAAUGAUGUUCGAAGAAUUUUAAAUGUAUCUGGAUCUAACACAACAAAUAUUCCGUCAAUACUUUGUGAUAAAUUUCAAAGUGUGACUGGUGUUUAUUUGAAUGAAAUUGGAAUUCAAACUGUUGAUGAAAAGGCAUUCAAGAACUGUAAAAAGCUUCUUUAUUUGUAUUUGGAUUACAAUAAAAUUACAAAAGUGGAUGAAAAGGCGUUGAAUGAAAAUACCGAAAUUGUAUUUUUGAAAUUUUCUCAUAAUCAGCUGACGGGGUUGCCAGAAAACGUCUUUAAAAGUCAACAAAAAUUAAAUACUUUGAGUUUAGGCUUGAACAAAAUUUCUGACUUGCCUGAAAAAAUUUUUUCGUCUCUUAAAAUGUUGUCUUAUUUGGAUCUUCAACAUAAUCAAAUAAAAAACUUAAAAAUUAAUUGGUUUCUUCAACUCGAGAAUUUAAAUACUUUGGUAAUAGGUGGUAAUCAAAUUGAGGAACUGCCAAGAAAUAUUUUCAUGUCAUUAAAAAAAUUGGAAUAUAUUCAUAUAUACUCAAAUAAGUUUAAAGUUAUUCAUUCUGGUUCAUUUCGAGGUUUAUCUAAUCUUAAAAAUAUAAUCCUUUAUAAAAACCAAAUUCAAGCUAUUGAUGAAGAGUUCAUUGAUACCACUGGAGUACAAAGGAUAGACAUGAGUAAUAAUUUUUGUUUAAAUCAAAGUAUUUUUGAUAAUUCAACCACAAAAAUGCCAAUGAGAUUAGCAUUACAGACUUGCUUUAAAAAUUUUGACGAUUUAAUUCCAUCAAGAAUAAGUAAACUUGAAGAGGACUUAAAUAAUGUCGCCUUAGAUUUUCAAAAUCAAAAUCAGCAAUUAACUUCAACUAUAAAUAAGCUUCAACUCACAGUCAACAAUCUUACAGCUGAAAAUAUCAAAAUUCGUUCAGAAAUGAAAAACAUCACUAAAGUAAAUGAGGCAAUCCAGUCAGAUUUAGAAAAUUUUAUUACUCUUGUGGAUACAAUUUCGAAAGACCAAAGUUCACUUAAAAAUGAGGUUAAGAAUCAAACUUUAAUAAUAACUGCUCUGAUGGAUGAAAAUAAAAAUCAAUGCUCAAUAAUCAGAGAUCAAGGAUUAACAAUCGAAAAUCAGGGAGAACAAAUUACAAACCUUCAAGAGGAAAAUCAACAGCUGCGAGCAAUAACCAAAGAAUUGCAAGAAAGUUUAGAAGAACAAGCCAAAAAUUUUGAAGAAUUAAAACAUUUGGUUUAUGAGCUAUCAAGUCGCCCGUGUGCUUGCAAGUAAUUUAUAAACUAAUUAAUAAUUAUUUCAAUCAAUAUCUUUUUGGGUAUUGAUUAUUUGUGUAAGUUCCAAAAAUUAACCUUUGAUAAUAUUGAACUAAUUGUAUAUAUUAAAAUCAAAAGAAUUUUAUAUGAAUAAACAUCACAAAAAUUAAUUAAUCAGAUUCUGUCUAGCUGAAUA